AUGAUUUUCCUCUUCCCUCUUCUAUGCAAUGUCUCUUUUCUCUCUUCUCUUAUGACAGGAUACAGGGAUGAUAUUAGCCUCUCUUCUCUUCUUGCAAUGUCUCUUUUCUCUGCUUACAUUAUGACAGGAUACAGGGAUGAUAUUCAUUUUCCUCUCCCCCUCUUCUAUGCUAUGUCUCUUUCCUCUGUUCUCAUGACGGGAUAUGGGAUGAUAUUCAUUUCCUCUUCCCUCUCUCCUGCUCUGAUACAGGGAUCUUCUUCUCCCUUCUAUUUAUUUCUCUUUUCUCUCUUUAUGACAGGAUACAGGGAUGAUUUUUCUCCCCCUCUUCUUAUACAGGAUACAGGGAUGAUAUUAAGCACCUCUUCCCUCUUCUAUGCUAUGUCUCUUUUCUCUGCAAUAAUGACAGGAUCAGGGAUGAUUUUAAGCACCUCUUCCCUCUUCUAUGCAAUGUCUCUUUUCUCUGUUUACAUUAUGACAGGAUACAGGGAUGAUAUUAAGCACCUCUUCCCUCUUCUAUGUAAUGAUACAGGGGAUGAUUUAAGCACACCUCUUCCCUCUUCUAUGCAAUGUCUCUUUUUCUCUGCUUACAUUAUGACAGGAUUCAGGGAUGAUAUUAAGCUCUUCACUCUUCCCUCUUCUAUUUUCUGUCUCUUUCUCUGCUUCAUUAUGACAGGAUACAGGGAUGAUAUUAAGCACCUCUUCCCUCUUCUAUGCUAUGGAUUUCCUCUUCACUCUUCCCCUCUUCUAAUUUCUGUCUCUUUUCUCUGCUCCCAUUAUGACAUUUACAGGGAUGAUGCCCCUUCACCCUCUUCCCCUCUUCUAUCUAUGACUCUUUUUCUCUUCUUUCAUUUUGACAGGAUGUCUCUUUUGAUAUUAUGUUUUUCCUCUUCCCUCUUCUCUCCUAUGAUGAUAUUUCUCACACUCUUCCUUCUUCUAUGUAAUCUCUUUUUUCUCUUACAUUAUGACAGGAUACAGGAUGAUCUCCUCAGUCUCUUCCUCUUCUAUGCUAUGUCUCUUUUCUCUGCUUAUCUUUUCUUCCAGGAUACGGGGAUGAUAUUACACACUCUUCCUCUUCUAUGCAAUGUCUUCUUUUUUCUGCUUACAUUAUUGGGAUACAGGGAUGAUAUUUCUUUUCUCUUCCCUCUUUAA